GGUUUGGGGCUUGGGUCCCAGAACCAAGCCAAGGGCUAAGAAGUACUCCAGUUUUUCCAUUACCAGUAAACAUUCGUUAAGCACCUUCACAUUCUGUAACAUGCUCUGUGCAGACACAGAGCCUUGGAGGAGAAGGGAAAGACGGGAUGGCCAGAGGGGUUGGGAGCCAAUGGGCGCAGGCUCUUGAGACUGGUGUCAGAGCAGCGGGAACAGCGGAAAAGCAGCAAGAUCAAAACAAACACGGUGUAUGGGAACACCAAGACCCUGGUAACCCCAUCCCCGCCAAAGGGACCCCGCCCUCAUCCUCUUCAGGGGCGCGGCACGCCCAGGGGGCCGCUCCCUAAGGCCGAUUUCCUCCCCGGGCUGCCCUCAUCGGUGCUUGCACGUGUGAGCAUCCGCCCAUUUGCUGGUGCACGCGCCAUCUGUGUGCGUGUGUUUGUUUGCACACGCCCGGACGCGCGCUUACGAAAGCACAAAAUCUCCCCAAGUGGGUAAGGAGCCGGCGGGACCUUAACUCGGUCCGCUGAGCCACCCUACUUGUUGGGGUGCCCUUAUCUCGGCCCCAGCCUGUCUGCAUCUCGGUCCUGUCUGCGAGGCUGCCGGGCCGGUAUCAGUUGCUGGCUUGACCCGGGAUCUUUAAUCAUUCCUGCCCUCUGUCCUGGCUCCGCCAUGCAGGGCUCCCUUCCCACACGCUGGAAAUGUCGCUGGAAACUCUGAGUGGCGCUCGCCACCCCCCCCAACACACGCACACCCCGCUCGGACGCCAGCCCUGCGGUGGGGGCCGGAGAAGGCAGCUGGGAAACCAGAGCGAGCUCCCCAGGGACCCUUGGCGGCCCCUCCCGGCGCCGCCCGCGGCCGGCCCGGCCCCCUCGGCAGGGGGCCACUUCGUCCCCGUCCCGCGGCCCGACGGAGGGCACUCGCAGCCCCAGCCGGCCGGCCCCAGCCCCCGCCCCGCAGGCUGGAGAGGGAGUCGCCGGCCCCUCCACCCUACCCGCGCGGCCCACAGCAGAUUGGAAGGAGACAAACUGCGCCGCCCGCCCGCGCGCCUCUCGCGGUCCUCCCUCCCUGCGCGUGCCCUCCGCCCCGUCGAUCUCCCUCUUCCUCCUCCCGCGCCCUGCCUCGCGGAGCCCGUCCUGACCCGGUCACGAGGGCGAGCGGCACAGCCCGGACUUCUCCCUGCCCUACCUUCUCGAGGGCUCGCCGCGGCCGCACCAGGCAGAAGCCGGGCAGAGAUGCUUCUGCCCUCCCCGGCGUCCUCAGUCGGUGCCACCUGCUCGCUGGGGAAGGUGCCUGUGAUCCGGAAUGGUGGCUCCAAUACCCUUAAUUUCCAGUUCCAUGACCCUGCGCCCAGGACCGUGUGCAAGGGGUACGUCCCCCAGAGGAGAGAUGCUUCCCGGCACCCAGACCCUGCUUGGUAUCAGACCUGGCCCGGUCCUGGCAGCCAGCCCUCGGGGAGCCAGAAGAUCCCUGCCUCCCAGCAUCCCCAGAAUUGGUCAGCCACAUGGACCAAGGACAGCAAGCGUCGGGACAAGCGCUGGGUCAAAUAUGAGGGAAUUGGGCCUGUGGAUGAGAGCGGCAUGCCUAUUGCCCCCCGAUCUAGUGUUGAUAGCCCCAGGGACUGGUACCGGAGAAUGUUCCAGCAGAUUCACCGGAAAAUGCCAGACCUGCAGCUGGACUGGACCUUUGAGGAAUCACCCAAAGUGGCUUCCUCCUGUGCCGCCUCUACAGACUCCAGGCAUCCAGGGCCCCAGCAAAGACCUGUGGCCAGGCCAGGCCAGGCCUCUUCUCUGAGUGGAAGAAGCUGGGACCCCUCUGAAGAGGCUCCUAGAAGCACCUUCAACUGUAAUCCUGGAGCAUCCUCCCUACAUCAGACCCCAAAUCAGGUGGCCAGACGCCAAGAGAAAGCAGACAAUAUCUGGACGGAAGAUUCUUGGAACCAGUUCCUGCAAGAACUAGAAACUGGACAGAAGCCCAAGAAACCGCUGGUGGAUGACGCUGUUGAGAAGCCCUCCCCGCCCAUUGAGGUCUUGCUGGAGAGAGAGCUGGCCAAGCUGAGCGCGGAGCUGGACAAGGACCUGCGGGCAAUUGAGACCCGGCAGCCGUCCCCCAAGAGCUCCCAAGUGCCCCGACGGUACCGGGAGCCGCGGCCCCCCGCGCGCCCGGCUCCCGCCUGGAGCUCCAGUUCCCCGAAUGCACUUUACCGGGGUUCCUCCCGGCCCCUGAGCCCCCACAGAAUGGCGGAUGGAGCAAGCCCCUUCCUAGGUCGUAGGGACUUUGUCUACCCUUCCUCGGCUCGAGACCCUAAUGCCUCUGAACGAGGGGGCAGCCCAGCCAGGAAGGAAGAGAAGAAGAGGAAGGCUGCCAGACUCAAGUUUGACUUCCAGGCACAGUCCCCCAAGGAGCUGACUCUGAAGAAGGGUGAUAUUGUCUACAUCCACAAGGAGGUGGACAAGAACUGGCUGGAGGGGGAGCACCAUGGCCGGCUAGGCAUCUUCCCUGCUAAUUAUGUGGAGGUGCUGCCUGCAGAUGAGAUCCCAAAGCCCAUCAAGCCCCCAACCUACCAGGUGCUGGAGUAUGGAGAAGCUGUGGCCCAGUACAAUUUCAAGGGAGAUCUGGAGGUGGAGCUGUCCUUCCGCAAGGGGGAGCGCAUCUGCCUGAUCCGCAAGGUGAAUGAGAACUGGUACGAGGGGCGCAUCUCGGGCACGGGGCGCCAGGGCAUCUUCCCCGCCAGCUACGUGCAGGUGUACCGCGAGCCCCGGCUCCGCAUCUGUGACGACGGCCCUCAGCUCCCUGCAUCUCCCCGCCUGACCACUGCCCGGCUGGCUCGUCACUCCGGCUCCCCGUUAACGCCACACAGCCCAGUGGACCCCACCGACUGGGGGAGCCGGACCUUCCCCCGCCGCGCCGGCUUCUCCUUCCCCACCCAGGAGCCCAGAACCCAGACCCAGAGCACCCCUGGGUCAGCUCUGUCCCAUCCUGGAGGCUCCAGCCGUCCCCUGGACCUGGGGAUGCCCCCCAACACCGCUCAGAUACACUGGACCCCGUAUCGGGCCAUGUACCAGUACAGGCCCCAAAAUGAGGAUGAGCUGGAGCUGCGGGAGGGGGAUCGGGUGGAUGUCAUGCAGCAGUGUGACGACGGCUGGUUCGUGGGUGUCUCCCGAAGGACCCAGAAAUUUGGGACAUUCCCUGGAAAUUACGUAGCUCCGGUGUGAGUGGUCUCCGUGGCAACUCAGAGCCCAGCCAGGAUGGGGUGGGGAGCAGUAGCACUUAUGGGGAGAGGAUCCCCCCUCCAUCAUCCUUCCCCGAGACCUGAGCUGCUGGCAUCUGCAGACAACCCCAGCAGCCGUUCUUCAGAGCCCCCCUCAAAGCCCCCUGGACUGCUUCCCACCCACAGCUCACAAACAUUCCUCCAGCAGCCUUUUUAUUUCCUCUCCUAUCCCACUCCCCAAAUAUAGAGGUCUGCUUUGAAGUGGA